UGUGACUUUGUUUUUUUCUUCUCGGCUGUUUUUUCUGAUAGCAUUUUUUUGGAAACAUUUCAUCUCCCAUCGAAGAAAACAACGUGCGGGCGGCUUCCCGUGAAUUCCCCAAUCUUAUCUCAUGACAAACUCCUCCAGCAUCUCGUUCAGUGUGUGCGGGAAGGCGGUCCGAAGCGAUGAGCCUGCUAGUACCCCCCAAACAGGCUAGCUGUGUGGAGCUAGCGUAUUACCGAGCAGUGCGGUCUAUUUUCGGGACAGCACGAUGAAGAGCACGAUGAAGUGUUACAGACUUACUUCACUGCAGCAUAUUGACAACAUCGGUGGCAGCUAGGGACGUGUUUUCUCCUGAAAGGCGGCACUGUCCCGCUGCCCGGUGUCACGGCUCGGAUGGACUAAACUAGCGCGGCCGCUUGAGAGCUCUCAUGCGGAUGGGAUUGACUCAGCUAGCCGCGGCUAAUGAUUGAGCAGGCUGACUAGCUUCGCGGCUAACCGGUUGCCGUCAGCCGACACAGUUGGUUGAAAUCGCUCAUCUGGUAAUUACCAGGCUCAGAAUAGAGCGCAUCUGCUGGCACAGCCAUGGCUCCCAGACCUUCAUCAGGAGAACUAUGGGGGAUGCACUUGAUGCCCCCCAGCAUCCUAGUGGACUGCCUUCUGCCAAAUGGCAUGAUUCUCACAUUGGAGUGCCUCCGGGAAGCCACACUUACUACAGUCAAGCAUGAGCUUUUCAAAGAGGCCAGAAAGUACCCUCUCUACAGUCUGCUGCAGGAGGAGAGCUCCUACAUCUUUGUCAGUGUCACCCAGGAGGCAGAGCGGGAGGAGUUUUAUGAUGAGACAAAGAGGUUGUGUGAUCUUAGGCUUUUCCAGCCCUUCCUCAAGGUUAUCGAGCCAGUAGGCAACAGAGAAGAGAAAAUUCUCAACAGAGAGAUAGGUUUUGCUAUUGGCAUGCCAAUAUGUGAGUUUGACUUGGUGAAAGACCUUGAGGUGCAGGACUUCAGGAGGAACAUUUUAAAUGUUUGCAAAGAAGCUGUGGACCUCAGAGACAGUAACGGACCCCACGCUAGAGCAUUGUAUGUCUACCCCCCCAAUGUCGAAUCCUCAGCAGAGCUUCCCAAGCACAUCUACAGCAAGCUAGACAAAGGUCAAAUCAUUGUGGUCAUUUGGGUCAUUGUUUCGCCCACCAAUGACAAACAGAAGUACACCUUGAAGAUCAACCACGAUUAUGUGCCAGAGCAAGUGAUUGCAGAAGCUAUUCGGAAGAAGACGCGCAGCAUGCUGCUCUCCCCGGAGCAGUUAAAGAUGUGUGUGCAGGAGUAUCAGGGAAAGUACAUCCUCAAAGUCUGUGGCUGUGAUGAGUACUUACUGGAGAAAUACCCUCUCAGUCAGUACAAGUACGUGCGCAGCUGUAUCAUGCUGGGAAGAAUGCCUAACUUGAUGCUAAUGUCAAAAGACAGCCUGUAUUCCCAACUGCCCAUGGAGUUCUUCACCAUGCCAUCAUAUGCAAGGCGAAUAUCCACAGCAACCCCCUACAUGAAUGGGGAAACAGCCACCAAGUGUCUGUGGACUAUCAACGGAACGCUAAGGAUCAAGAUACUGUGCGCCACUUAUGUCAAUGUCAACAUCAGAGACAUUGACAAGAUCUACGUCAGGACUGGGAUAUACCACGGUGGAGAGCAGCUGUGUGACAAUGUCAACACAAUACGUGUGCCAUGCUCGAAUCCCAGGUGGAACGAGUGGCUGACCUACGACAUGUACAUUCCAGAAAUCCCCCGAGCUGCCCGACUCUGCCUCUCCAUCUGCUCUGUGAAAGGAAGGAAGGGAGCUAAAGAGGAGCACUGUCCCCUCGCCUGGGGCAACAUUAACCUGUUUGACUACACCCAUACACUGGUAGCAGGGAAGAUGGCUCUCAACCUGUGGCCUGUCCCGCAUGGCCUUGAAGACCUACUCAACCCUAUCGGUGUCACAGGCUCCAACCCCAAUAAGGAAACCCCUUGUCUGGAGCUGGAGUUUGAUCAUUACAGCUGCCCUGUCAAGUUUCCUGAUAUGGCUAUCAUUGAGGAACAUGCAAACUGGAACAUAUCCAGAGAGCUCGGCUUUAAUUUCUGCCACACUGGUUUGAGUAACAGACUGGCACGGGACAACCCCCUGACUGAGAGCGACAAUGAGCAGCUACGGCAAGUGUGUAACAGAGACCCACUGUCUGAAAUCACUGAGCAGGAGAAAGACUUCCUGUGGAGACACAGACAUGACUGCAUCAAUAUACCAGAGAUCCUUCCAAAGAUCCUCCAGGCUGUGAAGUGGAACUCCAGAGAUGAAGUUGCACAGAUGUAUUGCCUUCUGAAGGACUGGCCUGCCAUCAAACCAGAACAAGCCAUGGAGUUGCUGGAUUGCAACUUCCCUGAUCCUAUGGUCAGAGAGUUUGCUGUGAAGUGCCUUGAGAAAUACCUAACUGAUGACAAACUCUCCCAGUAUCUCAUUCAGCUGGUUCAGGUUCUAAAGUACGAGCAGUACCUCGAUAACCCACUUGCACGCUUCCUGCUGAAAAAGGCAUUAACCAAUCAGAGGAUAGGACAUUUCUUCUUCUGGCAUUUAAAGUCAGAGAUGCACAACAAGACAGUGAGCCAGCGGUUUGGUCUGCUGCUGGAGUCAUACUGCCGGGCCUGUGGCAUGUAUCUGAAGCACCUGAGCAGACAGGUGGAGGCCAUGGAGAAACUCAUCAAUCUCACUGACCUCCUCAAACAGGAGAAAAAAGAUGAGGCUCAGAAGGUUCAAAUGAAGUUUCUGGUGGAGCAGAUGAAAAGGCCUGACUACAUGGAUGCACUGCAAAGCUUCACCUCUCCUCUGAAUCCAGCACAUCAGCUGGGAAACCUCCGCCUGGAGGAAUGCAGGAUGAUGUCAUCAGCAAAGCGACCUCUGUGGCUUAACUGGGAAAACCCAGAUAUGAUGUCAGAGCUGCUCUUUCAGAACAAUGAAAUCAUCUUCAAAAAUGGAGAUGAUCUGAGGCAGGACAUGCUGACGUUACAGAUCAUUAGGAUAAUGGAGAACAUCUGGCAGAACCAAGGCCUUGAUCUCAGGAUGCUGCCCUAUGGCUGUCUGUCUAUUGGUGACUGUGUGGGUUUGAUCGAGGUGGUGAGGAACUCUCACACCAUCAUGCAGAUCCAGUGCAAAGGAGGCCUAAAGGGGGCGCUGCAGUUCAACAGCCACACUCUACAUCAGUGGCUCAAGGAUAAGAACAAGGGAGAGAUGUACGACCAGGCCAUCGAUCUGUUCACGCGGUCGUGCGCAGGCUACUGUGUAGCUACAUUUAUCCUGGGCAUCGGGGAUAGGCACAACAGCAACAUCAUGGUUAAAGAUGAUGGGCAGCUGUUCCACAUAGACUUUGGCCACUUCCUUGACCACAAAAAGAAGAAGUUUGGGUACAAGAGAGAACGUGUACCCUUUGUGCUCACGCAGGACUUUUUGAUUGUUAUUAGCAAAGGAACACAAGAGUGCACCAAAACGAGGGAGUUUGAAAGGUUCCAGGAGAUGUGUUACAAGGCGUACCUGGCAAUCCGGCAGCACGCCAACCUCUUCAUCAACCUCUUCUCCAUGAUGCUGGGCUCGGGAAUGCCUGAGCUGCAGUCAUUCGACGACAUCGCUUACAUCAGGAAGACCCUGGCCCUGGACAAGUCGGAGCAGGAGGCCCUCGACUACUUCAUGAAGCAGAUGAACGACGCCCACCACGGCGGCUGGACUACAAAGAUGGAUUGGAUCUUCCACACAAUUCGCCAGCAUGCCAUGAACUGAGGAAAGAGUCCUGGCAACAGCAGCACACUAAGAACCAUAAGAGUAGUAAGAAAUAAGCAAGUUGUUUCCCCUAAUACACUAAGGCCUGGUGAAUAUUUCUGCCAGUGCGUGACUGUCAAACUUUAUCUGCAUAACCCAAAAUGAGUAUGCUCAGCAGAAGCCACUUCAGGGACAAAAUGCCUAAAUCUACCUGUUCCUACAGGUGUCUGAAAUUUCUCUUCCAGCAUUAUGAACUUAAGAAGGUGGCGUCACAUUUCAUCCGUCUCCUUCAUAGGAACUCAACUAGUGUAACGGACCUUGACAGCCGUUGGCCUUUAUAUGACCCAACUACAGAGAGGUUAAAUUUUUAUCUUUUUUAUUCCUUUCAAAGCAUCUACAACCAUCAGCAUGAAGAGAAGAACUUCAUGAAGUGAUAUACUAUGAGCACAGCUAGCUUUUUGUAAAGAGAGAUUGAAACUGAAUCAUUUCUACUACCUAUUUUUGAACUGAUGAAGACUGGGGUCGCAGGGGUGAGGAUGGGGUUAUUGGCACAUGCAGCCGGGCAGCUCAGAGAACAUUAAAGGGUGUAGAGCUGGCAGGUACUCUGAAAAAGAUUAUUUUCCAUUGCAGUUAUAUAAACGGUGAACAAACCUCAAAGUAUCGCAGUGACAGAGGAGGGUUUUUGUUUUUUUUUGGAAAAACCUCAGCUAAGCAUUUAACACUAUUUGAAGAAACUGCAAUGAUGACCUGUUUGUAAUCUACCAAUGACGUGCGCUAAGUGUGCAACUCUCCUCACGUCAUAUAACUGACUUUUUGUAAAGCAGUAUAUCUAUAUACUUGUAUGCAUUUGGUGCACAUAUUCCUUUUUUGAAUCGAUUCUCUACUGAGCCAAAGUACUACAUGUAUAACUCCACUAGUCAAACAAAAAUAGUCACUACUUAUUCCAAGUCUUGUGUGUACUCUUAGCACUGAUGUCUGCAGUAUUUGCUUUUGUUUGGUCUAUCAGUAUUAUUCUUUGUCACAUGUAGAGGCGUCUACCCAGUGCAUGUGGACCCGCAAAAACCUUUCUGAUAACCAGCUGUUUGUGGGGUUUUUUUUUCGAGGGCAGAAUGCACCAAAAUAUGAAUUUGGCCACUAACUGAUGCUAAAAGCAUUUUUUUUUUUUUUUUUUACUGCCCCCAUUUGUUCCAGAUAAACAAAGAAAUUCUUACUCUAAAAUAUUAUGUCUAUAAAUUGGUUAUAAACCAGUCUUUCAGCUCAUCAUCACACUAUCGCUGAACAUUUAGCCAGCACAAAAUCAAUGUUACACAACACAUAAAUAUCAAUAAUUGUUAGGCAGAUAUCGGUUAACAGGCUCAAUACUGAUCAUUAUGUCAGUGCAUCCCUGUUUUUUUCCUGUUUGGUUGUUUAUUAUUAUUCAGCUGAGACAGGGCGGGAAACACACACGGGGGAAAUGAAGGAUGUGCAGUGUUCAUUUUUUGUGCUGUGCAGUUACACUAUGCAAGUUGUGAUCCUAACAUGUACUGUACACAGAUGUCGGGCAGAGAGAGAAGUGCAUCCCCCCCCCCCCAGCGUGCUAACACAGAGAACUGUCAGUGGACUUUGUACAGAUGGUGCAUAGAGGAAGGAAAAAAAACGCACAAUGCUGCCAUGUAACAGUAUCGUCUACUUCUUCCCAGCAAGAACUCGUUCUUGAGAAACUGAAAAAAAUCUGAAAUUUAUAUAUAUAUAUAUUUUUUUUUGGCUUGUGUCCUUGUUCUCAAUCAGACUCUCUCAUUAAACUUGCCAGAUCCUGACAUCCAGCUAAAGAAAAGUAACCGAAGUUCUAUUUUUGAAACCUCCCAAGUGUCUUCUUCCUUACUCUUAUCUGUGAUUGUUGUACUGUGCGUGGAAGCGUGGCAGGUGUUAGUGCCGCACAGACUCGCACGCGAGACGUCCAUAAGUGUUGUAGCUUUACUAAAGUGAUGCCUAACAGGGUGGUUUCCUGGAGACUUUAAGUCUGUCUGAAAGCGAAGUUUGAGUGAGGACUUAAAACGGCUCAGGAAACCGUGACGACUGACAUGCACGCGCUUCUGUACAGGAUACGGAGCAGUGGGCCGGACCCGAACUGACAGAACUAACCCUCCCAUAUACUUUAUAGAAGAACUAUAUAAACCAUGGUCUUUCCCUUUGUACUGUUCUUUCUCACACUGCAUUAUGCAUGAGUAUCUACCUUUUUUCUUCUUUUUUGACCUGAUGUUGUUUACUUGAAGUUCAUGUAUAGAAAUGACCUUGUUACUUGUCUGAGGUACAACAAAGUCACAGUGAAGUUAACAGAUACUGAUACAACCAUGUGCAAAUGUUUUCCUUGAAUAACUACAGAGGUAAUAUAUUUUUGUAUUUUUUAAAUGAAAACAAUCUCGUAUGUAACGGCUAACCAAAAAAAAAAAAAAAAAAAAAAAAGAGGAGUCACGUGUAACAUGCACCAUCCUCAUGCAAAAUCCAGUAAACAGCCUCUUGCCAUCGAAAGGAUGUGACUGAAGGACAAGGACUUGAUGCUGUGGUCGGAGUACCGUUUUCACAUCAAGUGGAGGCAUUUUGCCUUAAGUGGAAGUCUCUAAGCACAAUGAGUCCAAAGGAACUACCCUGCAUGUUUUAAAAAGAUCCAGACCCAUGCUAGUUAUCUUUCCACCUAUGUAUAUGUCAUAGAAACUCCUCAUGUUUUUAAUCAUCCUCAUAUCACCGUGUCUGUAUGCAUUCAUUUAUUGUGCUGUUGAAUAAAAACAUUUCU